UGCUGAUCUCUCUCAAUUUAUCCACUUCAAACUGGGUUGAAGAAUUCCCGCUUUUUAGCCCCAAAGAGCAACGGCAUACCCAUGCGGGUCUACAAUCUGCAUGUUGGCUAUCCAGCCGGAGUAUGGUGCUGGAUAUAGGGUGCAACACCUUGUCAUAUUUACAACCGAGCUAGUAACUAGAGAAUCCUCAAUCAUAGUCUUAGGGGAGCUAUCCGGUGGAGUGUAACAGACCCCCCUCCAAUAUCCUAGUGAUCCUACUGCUAGGGCUCAGUAUUUGAUCAACACAGUUCCCCGUCAUGGUGGUAGUCAGAGGGAAGCCCAAACAAAAAGAAAGGUUGCGACAAAUCAAUUCAGCUUGCAGUAGCCAGUGAAACUAAUACACGAUGGAGACAUUUGACUGCGUCGUGGCUGGCGCUGGAUGGUAUGGACUGGCCGCCGCGAAGCAAUAUCGCGCCGUCCACCCAGAUGAUUCGCUUGUGGUGUUUGACCCUCAAUCCUCUGUCGGCGGUACCUGGGCCAAUGAGCGACUGUAUCCUGACUUGAAGAGCAACAACCUCUUGGGCACGUAUGAAUAUCCAGAUUUCCCGAUGGACCCAAACGUAUUCGACGUCAAACCUGGCCAGCACAUCCCCGGGGAGGUCACCAACGCAUAUCUCAAAGCAUACGUAGACAAGUUCAAUCUCGGAAACUCGAUCCGUCUCCAAACUAAAGUCACUGUCGCCGAGCAUCAAGACACGGACAAAGGAGGAUGGAUCCUGACAAUUGUCAAUCAAGAGGGCCACGAGUCCAUGGUCUUUGCCAAGCGCUUGAUUGUCGCAACUGGGCUAACUUCAGAGCCCUUCAUGCCUCACUUUGAUGGCCAAGAAAAUUUCGGCGGCAAGGUAUUUCAUAGCAAACACUUUCAACAGAAUCGAGAUACUAUUAAGACGUCCAAAGCGGUCACCGUGUUUGGCGCGACGAAGUUUGGCUGGGAUGCCGCUUAUACCUAUGCCACUGCUGGUGUUCAAGUGAAUUGGGUCAUUCGAUCGUCCGGCCAUGGUCCAUGCUGGAUUUCCCCGUCAUAUGUGACCCCAUUCAAGAAAUGGAUCGAAAAGCUCGCCAACAUGCGCUUCCUUACAUGGUUCAGUCCAUGUGUCUUUGGCGAUGCCGCUGGCUACACCCACAUUCAACGCUUCCUCCACGGCACUUUUAUCGGUCGCCUCAUUGUCAAUGCAUUUUGGGCAAUUCUCGGAGGCGACGUCUUAUCUCUCGUAGGAUAUGACUCACAUCCCGAGACUGCGAAGCUGAAGCCUUGGACACCAGCCAUGUUUACCGCAACUAGCUUCAGCAUUCUCAAUUACGACGGCGAUGUUCUAGAACUCGUUCGCAAUGGCAAGAUCAAGAUCCACAUUGGUGAGAUCGAUCACCUAAGUCAGGGCAAGGUCCAUCUUUCCGAUGGCACCUCCUUUGAUUCGGAUGCUCUCAUCUCCAAUACGGGCUGGAAGAACACUCCUCCAAUCAAAUUCUUGCCCGAGGGCAUCGAAAAUGAGCUCGGGUUGCCACAUGACAUCGAAACAGACGCACCGGCAGAGGAUCUUGCAAAUCAGCAGGAUCUCAUCAACAAAGCCGAUAAGGAGAUCGCCAAGCGCUACCCCAGACUGAUGAACCAGCCGAUCUGGAACGAGAACUAUGUUCCCUUGACAAGUCAAAAGGGAAUCUCAACCAAGGAGACUGUCACUCCGUACACGCCACAAACACCUUACAUGCUGUACCGCUUCCUCGUCCCGCCGUCAGAACGCUUUCUCCGCUCUCGCGAUGUUGCGUUCUGCGGCUUCGUCAGCAACUUCAGCAACACACUUACUGCGCAUAUCCAAGGCCUCUGGAUCGGCGCUUACUUCGGCGGCCUCCUCACACAGGAUCCUGCGCGAUCUGUGGACGAUCCCAAGGCCAUGAACAAGCUACGAUACGAGACAAUGUUGCACAACCGCUUUGGCAAAUGGCGUUAUCCUACCGAGACAAAGGCCCCCUCCUUCAUCUUCGACGCUGUUUACUACCUUGAUAUGCUACAGAAAGACCUCGGGUUGAAUCCUCGUCGUAAGCCAAAGGGUCUGCUCACGGAAGUGACGAGCCCGUAUGGCGCAGAGGAUUACCGGGAUCUCAAUAAGGAUUGGGAAGACAAGACUGGCAGCACCAGGACGGCUUGAGCGAAAAUACAUGUAUAUUUCCUAGUACGAUUAGCUAAUUACUCACCUAUUUGAUAUCAGCUGAACAAUAGAGACACGCACUCGUCUUCAGGCCCACUCGAAAACUGCGGCUGAAGAUGGAGAAGCUCAAGCAUCCACAUGGUCUACGCGAGAUCCACGUCUAGCUCUGGUGAUCGAUCAUACGAGUCAGUUGAAUCCUUGGUGCAAAUCUUUGACAGUAUUGAGAACCAAAGUGACAGCUAAGAUUGUUGAAACGCUCACGGAUUCAUUAAUAUGAGCUAGGAGUUUGAGAAUGUAGUAACAAGUAAUAAGGUGGUAAUAGCAGUAAUAGUAGUAGUGGUGGUGGUGGUAAAUUGUAUAUUGACUAUCCCUCUGUU